AUUAAAAAAAAGCUUAAGGUAUUUUAGCGCAAAGCUCCUCUGGGGCGCGUCAGGCCCUCCGGCUUUAUAAAGAAGCUUUGCUUUUGGGGAGGGUCGCCUGCCUCAGCUGGACCGGCACCGGUGCUCCAGAAGAAGCCCGAUGUACUCCUCCAACAGCUCGCAGGACCCCCCAAAUAACGGGACCCCGGGGCCUUUCGAUGGCCCCCAGUGGCCCCACCAGGCCCCGCGGGGCACGUACCUGUCGGUGGCCGUGCUGAUGGGCAUCGUCGUGGUCUCCGCCUCGGUUGUGAACGGCUUGGUCAUCGUGGUUUCCAUCAGGUACAAGAAGCUCCGGUCCCCGCUGAACUACAUCCUGGUGAACCUGGCCGUGGCCGACCUGCUGGUGACGCUCUGCGGCAGCUCCGUCAGCUUCUCCAACAACGUCAACGGCUUCUUCGUGUUCGGCAAACGGAUGUGCGAGCUGGAGGGCUUCAUGGUCUCCCUGACAGGUAUCGUGGGGCUGUGGUCCCUGGCCAUCCUGGCCUUCGAGCGGUACGUCGUGGUCUGCAGACCCCUGGGAGACUUUCGGUUCCAGCACCGGCACGCCGUCAGCGGCUGCGCCUUCACGUGGAGCUGGUCGCUGCUCUGGACGACCCCACCGCUCAUGGGCUGGAGCAGCUACGUGCCCGAAGGUCUGAGAACCUCUUGCGGGCCCAACUGGUACACCGGUGGCAGCAACAACAACAGCUACAUCUUGGCCUUGUUUGUCACCUGCUUCGUGAUGCCCCUCAGCCUGAUCCUCUUCUCCUACACCAACCUGCUGAUGACCCUGCAAGCGGCUGCGGCGCAGCAGCAGGAAUCGGACACGACGCAGCAGGCGGAGCGGGAGGUGACGCGCAUGGUGAUCGCGAUGGUGGUGGCCUUUCUCAUCUGCUGGCUGCCCUACACCACGUUUGCCCUCGUGGUAGCCACCAACAAAGACAUCGCCAUCCAGCCAGCUCUCGCAUCCCUGCCUUCCUACUUCUCCAAGACCGCCACGGUUUACAAUCCAAUCAUCUACGUCUUCAUGAACAAACAGUUUCAGAGCUGCCUGCUGAAAAUGGUGUGCUGCGGUCACCAUCCCUGGAGGACGGGAAAAACCGCCCCGGCUGCCCCCGGCCCCCGCGCAGCCAUCGCUGCAGACGGGCUGCGGAAUAAGGUGACACCAUCUCACCCCGUCUAACCGGGGCCAGAUCCUGCCUGCACCAACAUCAGAUUCGGGCUCAGCCUGUCCCACCCAGCCUCGUCCAACAUGGGCUGAGAGAAGCUUCUCCCCAUGCCCAGGAGACGGAUGGCUCUUGGAGGUCGGAGAAGUUUCCCCAGCAG